GACUUACCUAGCCAACAAAAUGUUUAGUUUUGCCAACUCGGAAGUAGAUUUCUAUCUGCCCCAGCUAGUCAAUAUGUACAUACACAUGAAAGACAUUGCAGAAGCUGUUCACCCAUAUCUUGUACAUAGGUGCAGAGAAAGCGUAGAUUUUAGUCUGCAGGCAGCGUGGUUGCUCGAAGCCUAUGCAGCAGACUCGGGCCUUCUUUCUCGGAAGAAGAAAUCACAAGGCGUCCGUCUAAAACAAAGUAUACUCAAUGAAGAGAUAAGGCAAAGGAAACAGAAGCCACCGACUACAAGCCCUUGCCACCCAACUAGUCCCGUAAUGUCGCCCUUGAAGAAGUCGCAUCAGCGCGCAAGGUCAGAUGCCACAGCCAUUUUCCAGUUGCCACACCCUAAGCGCACUCUGUCUCUCGCGAGUCUGAAGACGAUACUGGGUGACUUGACAUCGGGCCGUGCGUUUGAGUCCGGCUGCACGUGCUUUGAGACCAGUGAGGGUGUGCUGAACGAUCUAGUCGGCCGAAAGACCGACUGCCACUGUAACGCAUCGCGACUUGGCAUACAGCGGGAAUUCGUAAGAGCUCUGAUGAACGUUGGUAAGAAACUACAAUCCAUCCAGACGAAGGAGCAAAGAGCGCAGCGGCUGUUGGCGGAGCUGACGAUGCUCAAUCUGAAUCUGCCGGCGCGCGUCUGGAUGCCGGUGCACCUCGACAACGUGCAGCAUCACGUCGUCAGGGUGCCGCACACGGCCGCCGUCGUGCUCAACUCCAAGGACAAGGCACCAUACAUGGUCUACGUGGAGGUGCUGGAGUGUGACGACCGCGAAACCGCGCCCGUGCCGGCCAAGAUCCUCGAGAACACGCUGCGCUUCACGCGCUCCGAGGAGAACCUGCCCGAGUUCUUCUCGCGCACCGACGGCCAGCAGGGGGCGCCGGCGCAGUUCUCCAUCGUGCCGGCCGUCGACGACGACUACGACUGCUGGUCGCUCGAUCAGGACGACCUCAUGCAGUACUCCGUGAAUCGGCAGGGCGCACACGACACGAUCUCGCAGUUCUCGCAGGACAGCUGCACGAGCUCGGACAGCAAGGAGCCCGUGUUCAUCGCCGCGGGGGACAUCCGCAAGCGACUCACCGAGCACUCGGUCGUGCCGAAGAGAAACUUCCAGAGAGACCCAGACGACCCGUCGGCAGCCGCGCUCAAGGAGCCGUGGGAGGACAAGGUGCAGCGGAUACGCGACUCCUCCCCUUACGGACACUUCCCCAACUGGAAGCUGCUGUCCGUCAUCAUCAAGUGCGGCGACGACCUGCGCCAGGAGCUGCUCGCCUACCAGGUUCUCAAGCAGCUGCAGCCGAACUCGUGCAGGAAGUACUCGAGCAGCGUCUUCUUGCUGUUCUUCUUGAUCUGGUGCAGCGAGACGGCGUUCACGAUGGGCUCGAUCAUACCAGAGUCCGGCGACGUGACGAGGAUGUGGUACGGCUGCAGCCACAGCGGCAGACACAAUGGCAACAUCCUCCUUGAUGCUGAGGGUCAUAUCAUCCAUAUCGAUUUCGGCUUCAUUCUCUCGAGCUCGCCGAAGAAUCUAGGAUUUGAGAGCUCGCCUUUCAAAUUGACGCCGGAAUUUGUCGAUGUGAUGGGCGGUCAGGGCAGUGACAUGUUUGAGUACUACAAGAUCCUGAUGCUACAGGGUAUGAUGAGCGCACGAAAACACAGCGAAAAAGUGCUAAACGUCGUGGAAAUCAUGCAGACAGGGUCGCAGCUGCCCUGCUUCAACCAGGGCGUGACCACCUUCCGCGCCCUGCGCGAUCGCUUCCACAUCAACCUGCCCGAGGAGAAGGUGCACACACUCAUCGAGCAGAUGGUCGAGUCGAGCAUGCACUCGAUCACGACGCGACUCUACGACGGCUUUCAGUACUUCACCAACGGCAUUCUCUAGUGCGCGCCGCAGAGACGAUGCAUGCCGAUGAUGAUCGUAGUGGGCAUUCGAAGAGUGUCUAGCGUACGCAAGAAGGUAUUGUCUCUAGGGCGCGGCAAAAGAGAAUGUCUUGAGUGUGUACCGAAGGUUACCCUCUAGCACACGCAGGAAGAAAAUGUUUCUCGUGCUUACAGAACAAGAUAGUGUCUGUACAUGUACUAGGCAUGCCCCCGAACAUAAUGCCUCUAAUGAGUACCGAAGGAGAUUAUCUCACGGGGAAGAUGUUUCUCGUGCUUACCGAACAAGAUAUUAUCUAUGGUGUGCACCUGAACAUAAUGUCUGCAGUCGCACCGAUCAAAUUAGUAACUGGUGUGCACUGUAAGGUAGCAUUUCGAGAAGAUUGUACCUUUAGUGCAUGCCAGAAGAUAGUAUCUGAAAUGCAAACCUAAAGAUAGUAUCGGUAGUGCGCGCCAGAAGAUGAUAUCUCCAGUGCACACUGAAUAUAAUAGCCCCUCUAUUGUGUACGGUUUGCAUUUUAAGAGAGUCUUUGCAACCAUCGUGGGCAUUUAACCAGGGGCCCAUUGUCAAAAACUAUGAAAUAGUUACGACUAUCAUGAGUUUUCAGAGGUUGUUGACAUUUUAGACUCAAAUGACGAUGUCAAAGCUACUUGAGACGUGGUUGACAACGAGCCUGUGACUACGUUCUGUUAGGUGUCUGACGAGCUACCCCACAUCUCAGUUUGCAGUAAAUAUUCAGACCUUGUUUUCAGUUUCCAAUAUAUAUCUACUUCUAAGGCGAGUUAAAAAGCAAGUGGCUUAAGACUCCGCAUAAAAAUCAAAGCCAAAAAGAAACCAAACCAACGUCCACUUGAACAGCAGUACAAGAGUUGGGAGUAAUUUUACUUUAAGAUGAAUCCAAAUGUAAUUGACCUGUUAACGGCAAUUUCGACAACACAACUAAUCUAGCUGUCUUUGUCAAGCUCAAUGAAGUUGCUUGAGAGAAACGGCUAGGUCAGUCCUCGAAACUCGCUUAUGUGAGUUUGAGUUAAUCUUAAAAUAAAGUUACUCUGAACAUCAGUCUGUAAUCCGAUGAACUUCUUCCAAGAGCCGUACAAGAGGUUUACACAAUAAGUGCAUUCUAUCUAAGCACACUCUGAUUUUUUGCCCAUGAUGAAUGCAAUAUAGCAGUCGAUCAUAUCAGUGGCCAUGCGAGAGAGUACACAACGGUAUUGACUGGUGAAUAGCAGCAUUUGUCGCUGCGCAUGUAAAAUAGCUUCACCAGUAAUAUUGUAUAGCAAACGUGUAUGCACGAUGAGAUAUUGCAAUAGCCGUGUUACUAGCAAUUGUAUUGACACAGAAGAUUGCACUUGGCUAAAAAGGUUGCAGGUAUUUGAGGCUGCAGGAAAAAACGGAAUAUGUAUGUUGCCAUACAUAAACACGUAAUGUUGCAGCUUGUGUACAAAAGAGGGUGUUGCCACGUUCAAAUAUGUCAACGAAGGCAGUUGCUUCCCAUCAAUGAAAAAAACAAUGAAAUUGCUGGUGUUGAUUUGGUAUGCUGUGUAUAAAAUUUGCUAAGGUUUCCAAAUAUCAAAAAGUGAUAUCACUUUCAGGAGCACGCUGCAUGAAUGCAAACACAAUGCAUAAAUUUGGAAAGUAUUGUAUAUAGUUAUUAUUAUUACAUUGUUAUAAAUUUAUUUUUGUUUAAUGAUGGUUUGGGAGGAACGCGACAUAGUGACCAUAUUGUAGUAAAUGUGUAGAAAGGGUUGUGAUUGCAACCGUUUGGUAUCUGAUAAUCAUUAACAAUUUCAACGGGUCAACACUGUGUGCAUCCAUCACUAACUUCUGGUGAUUUGGUUAGGCAGUGAUGAGACUGGAACAACCAUCGAGUCGUCACGCUGUCAUAAAACUAAUUCCUAUUUCUAACUAGAGCUUGGCAUAUAUUUUUAAAGUCCGAUUCAAAAUUAUUUUAUCUAAAUUAAAUGCCACAGGGAAAAUGUAAGCUGUUAAACUUAUAUUCGGCUAUCUGAAUGGGUCAAACGCUUAAUGUUAGUGAAUGUCUUCUGAAGGGUUUCAUUAAAAGUUCAUUUGUUCACGUAAUAUCUGAGUGCAUUCAUCCAGCACGCGUGAACGUGUUUAGCCAUGCCCAGAUCAUUUUCUCCAUGAUCGUGUAAAAGAAUGCUUUUAUGUGCGGUCGCAAUCGUUAAUUGUACAGCUGUGUAUUGUUACAGCAACAUGCAGGACCUUUUAAAUUUUUUUUUCUUUUGCGUGUAUAGCAACUAUGUAAAUGCGAGCAUGUAGAAGUUGCCCUCGGACUAAACUAACGAACAAAUAUUAAAACGUGAUACGGUCGGUAAUAAGUGAUGCUAUUAGGUCCGACUCUCUGACCGUGAUAUUGUAAAAAAUGGGUCCCUAUAUUGGGAGAAACCCGCAUUCCUGCCGAGGAUUACCAGUACUCUGGUGCUUACCAGUCACGACCACCGACGCAAUUCUGGUCAAAUGCCGUGACCGCCGUGAUUUCCACUCUUGCCAUUAGUUUAAAUGUGGAUGCCACUACACGUGAAAGUAAGCCGUUUAAGUACGUCAUCUGCAGCUUGGUUAUUACAUCAUUGUAACGGGUCUGUGUAUUGGAGAACUAUUUAUAGAACUCAUUGUCAUGGAUAGGAAGUCGUCGUCUUCGUCUAUGCUUUUAAUUGCAGAGCAUGCAUUAAGGAUCGCAAAUUUCGAUACUGACGAAGUGUACAGUUCUAAAAACGAGGUUAAUUGUAAUGUUAAUUGUAUUGGUGAAGGUUGUACUUCACCCUCAAAAUCAUAAUGUACUUAAAAAAUAUUUAUGAACAAAAGCGUCCUAUUUUUUUAAUACGUUAGUUCUACUGAUGAAUAUGAUUUUCGUGAUGAGCGUGCUUGGACGUGUGGAAAAUGUAAUAAAACGACUAGCAUUUGAGGGUUUAAAAUUUACAGAA